GUGUUCAGGCCAAGGUGACUGGCCUGUAGUUUCCAGGAUCUUUUUUUUUUUUUUUGUCCUUUUUAAAGCGGGGAGCUAUGCCAACUGGUCUGCAGUCCUCUGGCACUAUGCCUGUUCUCCAAGAUACCUAAAAAAAACUCAAUGACACAUUGUCCUGUGAGUAUACCAGAAAGUUCUUUCAAUACUCUGAACUGCAGAUCUGAACACGCUGGCCUUCCCUGUUGGUUAGGAUCAAUAUUCAAGAUUGCAAAGCACAUCAGGCAUUUGUUGGAGCAAAUACCACAUAAUUGAAGUCCCCCAUGAUUAGCAGUACUUGCUUCUUGGAGUUUUUGAGAUUUGUUUCAGGAUAGUACCAUCCACAAACCGCCGCUUGGUUUGGGGGCCCAUGGUAAACUCCUACCACAGUGUUGCCUUUAUUUAUUUUUCCACUUCUUUCUUUCUUUCUCUACUAGUCUGGCAUGGAUUUCUGUGCAAAUUAAUUUGUGUGUUAAUGCUUCUUGAACUACGACAUCAAGCUCAUCUUGUUUCCCAGAUCCUAAGUGUUAGUGUGUAGACAUCUAGAGUGCAAUUCGUUUUUAUUUUUAGUACACUGCAAUUUUAAUGUGGCUCUAAUUCUCUUGCUCAGCAUCUCUUCUAGAAUUCAUAUCCUUAUGUCAAACCAUACUUUUGAACAGAUGUUUAAACUAUCAUUUAGAAUUUGAAGCCCUCUUGUUAGUUUUACUUAAGUAUGUAAACACUGGACUAGUUCAAAAGAAAAUAAGUGCUUCUCUUUACCUAAUUUGCUUAUGGCUUCCUCAUUACUAGACAUUCAACACAGACUUGUUACCCUCUCUUUUUAAAAUUCAGUCUUCUCCUAAUACGUGGCAACUUCACAAAGCAGCCAGUAGGUGGAGUGGCAUUAUCAGAUUGUAAGCAAAUUCUGUUUUCUCAAGGAAGGUGCGUGAUAUUUGUUUUUGGCUGGAUAGAAAUAGCAGAACUGUAAGCAAAAGCAAAUAUUACACCUGUGGCUUGCAAUCAUAUUAAGCCUAUGAGCUUUUUUGUUGUGAGGAUUUAGAACAAGAUAUUCCUAAAACUGUAAUGCAUUGUUGUUGUUUUUUUAAAGGAAAACAUUUGCCACCUCUAGUAUUGGUUUUACAGGUUCCUGCAUUCCCCUUGCCUCUCACUGCAGUCAUUUAGAUCUGGUAUGUGAAAAAAAGAAAAAGAUAUGGCCCAGCCCAUAAUCCAAAUACAGCCAGCCCCUUUUCAGAGAGCAAUAUCCUGAAACGUUUCAACUCUAUUUUUCCUGACUGGCCUCUUGUUUUGAGCUGCUUACGUUCCCGAAUGUUCUGUGCAUGGAUUUCCAGUUAUGUGUUCUCAUUUCUUGCUUACCUACUUCAGCAGCAUUUUAAUCAGAUCUUAUUUCUGCCAUGGAAAAUAGCCAAGGGAUUCUAAUCGAGGAAGACAAUGUUGAUAAGAAAGGAAGAGAUCAAAGUUCAGAAGAAAGUAAAAAUCCAAGAAGGAUUAUUUAUUUUGCAAAUGGUGAAUCUAUGGAGGAGUGCAGUACAGAGGAAGAAGAUGCAGAGGAGAACAACCAUCAGCCCUUUCUUGACACUGCCAACCUCUCCUGGCUCAGUUAUCUGCGACAUUGGAUCCUUCGAAUUGCAGCAACAAGUUUUUUUACUUGUGAAUUCCUUGGAGGAAAGUUAUCCUCGUUUUUUGGACUCACUGAAGCCAAGUAUCAGUAUGCAAUAGAUGAAUACUACAGGACACAGCAAAAGGAAACUGAAAGUGAUGAAGAUGGUGAAGAGAUGCAAGAAAUGGAGAUGGUGGUGGCUCCAAAUGAAAAUCAGCACCUCGAGACGCAGAGCCUAACAUAUGGGUCCAUUCAUUGCAAAGAGAUGUCUGCAUUUUCACAGGAAAUUACUGUUGCAAAUGUAAAUGAGCUUGCAGAAGGAGGCCUGACAAGUUUAAAAUGAAAUUCUCAGCUGUGUCUUGGCUUUUAGAAGGGAAGGGCAGGGUGUCAAUUAGGUAAUUAAAUAAAUACAGUAAUUCUAUCAAUUGGAAAAUGAAGGCUGCAUUUCUGGCUUGCUUAAAAUGUGGACAUGAUGAGAAAAGGAUAAACUAUCCAAAGUUUAGGGGGUGAUGGUUAUACAAUCCCUUUAUGGCAAUUUAUAGUUUAAAAAGCUUUCCAAACUCUGAAAUGGGUAGCAGUUGAAGAUGGGGGAGGGUGUGACUCUAAAGCAGUAAUAUUAAAAUAGUUAUCUGGAAAACCCUGGUGAUCCUUGAAAGCUCGGAUUGGGGUUGAGAUUCCUGAACGAGAAGAUCAACAAAGGGGGUCCUUUAAACAGGGAUUGGAGCCAUGCAGCCUUGCCCAUCUUCCAAAAAACUGAACCUUCUCCACAAAAAGCCUAAAUAUGCUUUUCUCUGCAAUCUCCCCAAAAUGAUGGUAGAAAUUGACACAAUGAUGAGUGAUGAGGAAUACUGAGCGGUGAAGCCUAAUAAGUAUAGAGUUUUAUUAAUGCUGAUGGAGUAUUUUCUUGUGUAGUCAUGCACUGAGUGGGUUUAUGUGUGAUUUGGAGCCAAAAAUAUCAGAAAAGUUCAUAAGUUUGAAAAGGGAGGACAGAAACCGCAAAUGACCGUGUGUGUGUGUGUGUGUGUGUGUGUGUGUGUGUGUGUGUGACAGGAUGGUCUUUGGGGUCUACUUCACCUUUAUGAUUCUGUAAAAAUUGUGGUUCACAGUCUGCAUGCAACUCAUGAGCUGCAUUAAACCCAUCUCUGUUCUAUUA